AAAAGCGAUUUGAUUAUGGGCAUCGAAUGAUCGAAUCACAUGCUCCUAAAAAGCAAUUACGAAGCUUCACUACGCAAUAAAGCUGUACGCGUACCCUCGUCUACUCUACAACCCAUCUCUCUCCUUCUCUCUAUUUUGAUUUCUACUUUUAGUGUUGAUAAAUUAUCAAGAGUUGAAUCUGCAACCAACAACAAUGGCGAAUCAGAGAGUGGUUCUAACGGAAACAGAAGCUGAUGAAACGAACAAUCAGGUGCAUCAUCCCUACGCGUUUCAUGUAUCUGGACCUCGUAAAGUUUCUGCCCCAAAUUGGCGAGAUCUUAUCAAUUCCAGUUGGAAAGAUGGAAACUACAAGAGAACAGUAAUCGCCUGCUUUAUCCAAGCCGUAUACUUACUAGAACUCGAUCGACAAGAAAACAGACCCAAAGAAACAGCUCUAGCCCCAAAAUGGUUCAUCCCCUUCAAAUACAAACUCUCCCAAACCCUAAUCGACGAACGCGACGGAUCAAUCUACGGUGCAAUUCUUGAAUGGGAUCGCUCCGCCGCCUUAUCGGAUUUCAUCCUAAUCCGCCCCAGCGGCGCCCCGCGAGCUGUUUUAGCCCUAAGAGGUACGCUUCUCAAAUCCCUAACUAUCAGACGCGACAUUGAAGAUGAUCUUAGGUUUUUAGCAUGGGAGAGUUUGAAAGGCUCUGUGAGAUUCAAUGGCGCGUUGGAAGCGCUGAAAUCGAUUGCGGAUAUGUACGGGAGUAACAACGUGGCGGUCGCCGGACACUCGUUAGGCGCCGGAUUUGCUCUUCAGAUCGGGAAAUCGUUGGCGAAACAGGGGUUGUUUGUUGAGACGCAUUUGUUUAAUCCGCCUUCGGUUUCUCUUGCGAUGAGUUUGAAGAAUAUGGGGGAGAAAGCGGUUUUCGCUUGGCAGAAAGUGAAGUCGAUGAUGCCUUCUGCUACUUGUGUUGUUGAUACUGAUGGCGGUGGUGAGGGUGGUGGUGCUGGUGGUGGGUUUAGUAAUCCGACGGCGUUUAACAAAUGGGUUCCUCAUUUAUAUGUUAAUAAUAGUGAUUAUAUAUGUUGUUAUUACACGGAUCCAGCCGGUGGUGAUGGUGGAGAAAGAGGCGGUGGUGGUGGUGGUGAAAAGGAGAAUGUGAGGCCGGCGGUGGGUGGUGAUGGUGGUCAUAUGGCGGCGAAGCUUUUUGUGUUGUCGAAAGGGAAACAGAAGUUUUUGGAAGCUCAUGGAUUGGAACAAUGGUGGUCGGAUGAUUUGGAGCUUGAAUUGGCAUUACAGAAUAGUAAGCUUAUUAGCAAGCAAUUGAAGUCGUUGUAUACUGUGCCACCUAACACCACCGGAAACCGCCUAUGACUGGUGUGGGGAUUGGUGGUGAACUGUUGAUGGUGGUCGGAAUAUCUUUGUGAUUAUGGGAUUUUGAUGUAGAAAAAUUUCAAUGAAGACGUUGGAUGUUGAAAGGGUU